AUGGGGCAGAGAAUGGCUUACACCUUAGCUAUUUUCUUUAUGACCAAACUUGGAACAUCUGCUCUGAAAUUCCGUCUUUUGUUCUACUCUCGGUACAUCGACUAUUGCUUUGUCAUCUAUGCCAACGAAGCGGAGAUGGACAAAUGGAUUUACUGUUUGAAUCGACAGCCCGAACGAAUAAAACUCACUGGAGAGAAACCAGAAAGCAAUUGUCAUCCUAUUUAA